AUGGCUAUCUAUGAUAAUGAGAUAUCACGCUACAUUGAGAGCAGAGUAAAUCAACAACAACAACAACAACAACAACAACAACAACAACAACAACAACAACAAAAACAACAACAGGAUGAUACAUUAGAGGUUGGUCUCCUGAUUGGACAAUCACUCAACGAAUCAACCAUUUUCCUUUCAGUGAUUCCAUCACCAGAGCCAGUGAAUGAAGAUGGCAGUGGCAGUGCUCGUGUCCACUCAUCAAAGGACAUUGACGAUACUUGGAUUGCUGAGCACUCUAGACAGAUAUCAAGAAUGCUUUAUGGUGGCAUUAACAUUGUCGGAGCUUAUCUUAUUGUUCCCAACGUAGCUGCCAUCAAAGAUACUGACCUUCAAAGACUCGUAGCAUCAAUAAGAGCCACGUCCCUUCUGAACAGAAAGUUCCUCACUUCUCGACUGAAGCACAUGCAUGUGUUGGUUCAUCUAAAGUCAACCAAGCAAUACAUUCUCAAGACAUUCGAUCUGUCCACUACAACUAUUGACUCAAAGCCAAGCCAAACGAAUGAUAUCAAGUUUACCAACAACGUCUCCUCUCAGUUCAACAGACUCACACUGCAAACACCACUGUCAUUGCAGUUCAAUCUCAAAGAGAGUCCAAAAGACAGAAGGUCUCUACUCAAUGACAUUCAGGAACUCAUUGGUGCUCAUCUGUACACCAUCUUACAGAGCUCUCUAUUCUUGGUCAAUGGACAAAUACAAUCAAACUCCACCAAACUGACAGAUCUCAAGGAUACCUCAAUUGUUGAUCUAUUACAACAGAGUAGUGGAGUGAUAGAGGUUGGUCCAUCAUCAAAUGCAAAGUCACAUGUGAUGGUUGGCGAUGGAAUCAUGCAAUACACCUCCUACACACUCAAGACAGACACACUCUCACAGGCUCUAGAGAAUUUACUGGCAGACAUUAUCAACAGUUUCCACGCAAGAGUGGAUCUCCUUCUUGAUUGCUCCGAUGACCAAGAUCCAUCAACACCCAAGCAGUCUAUCGUGUUACCUCGUCGUGCCUCUAUCCAAUGGGACCAAACCAUUGAUAUGUGCGACUAUCUAUUGGAGGAGGAAGGUUACUCAGAGUGCCAGCAACGUAUUGAGGAACUGACCCAGAUCGAGUUCUCAAAGCAAAGAGUGUUUGGAGACAAGCUUCCAUUAUGGAUGCACUCGAUAGAAAAGACACCAAAUGAUCCAACCAAUUUAGGAAUGCCACUAACAACAAAUCUUCCUGACAUCCAUCCACCAAAGAAACAACUACCACCAAAGCAGCUACAGCAACAACAACAACAGCAGCAACAGCAACAAUCAAGUAACAAGCUGGUUUUGAUUGUCAUCCCAGUUGUCAUUUUGUUAUUGGCCAUCAUUUACAAACUACAAUAG